AUGCUGCAACAAAAAGACUUGGCAGAAGUGUCAAAAGUUGGAACAAAGGAACAGAUUAUCGAGCUUCCAAAUUCUACGGCUACCAAGCAUCAUGAUCAAGAUUCAUGGACAUCUAAGUUUAGAUGGAAAAUAAAAGAUGACCAUGCACCACCUGAAAUCUAUAACUGGACUUUAUUCCUCUCAGUUUUUGUUUUUGGUGUCUUAGGUUCGGCUAGAGGUUAUGAUGAAGGUAAUAUAUCUGGAUCAAUUGCACAAGUUUCAUUUAAAAAUUUUUUUGGAUUUAACGAUCCUAAUAAAUCUGAGGAUGAGAUUGCAAACUUGAAAUCUAACAUUACUGCCAUGGUUCAGUUAGGUUCCAUUGGUGGCUGUAUUAUUGCUAUGUUUGUUGUUGAUAGAUUUGGUAGAAUUAGAUCUUUACAAGCAGCCUGUGUUUUAUGGAUCACUGCCGCAAUUAUCCAGGUUACUUCUAAGAAUGUCGGUCAGUUGUAUGCUGGAAGAUUGCUUGAGGGACUUGCUAUUGGUCAAACUACUACUAUUGGACCUACAUACAUGUCUGAGGUUGCACCUAAGGCUAUCAGAGGUCUCUGUGGAUGUGUUUUUGCAGGUGCUGUAUACUUUGGUAUUAUGAUGGCAUAUUUUGCAAAUUACGGAACAGCUUUGCAUAUUUCAGGAAGUACAAAUAAGCAAUGGAUCAUUCCUACAUCCAUUAAAAUUGUUUUAGCAAGUUUAAUUUUCAUUGGGUCUUUCAUUUUUUGUGUUGAAAGUCCAAGAUGGUUAUUGAAAGUUAAUAAGCCCGAGAAGGCUGCAGAGAAUUUAUCAAAGUUAAGAAAUUUACCUACAGACCAUCCAUAUCUUUUAGGUGAAAUCUCCGAUAUCAAUGAACAAAUCCACGCUGAAAAUGAAGCUACUCAAGGUAAUACGAUAUUUGGCAUGAUCAAAGAAAUAUUUUGUGUUAAGUCUAUCAGAUAUAGAUUUUUUGCUGUCGCUGCAUUGACACAGAUUUUAGGCCAAUGGUCCGGUGCAAAUGCUAUCACAAUUUAUGCUAACGAGCUUUUUGCCUUAUCUGGUAUCGAAGGUGUUGAAACAUUGAAAAUGACUGCUAUUUUAGGUGUCGUAAAGUUCGUUAGUGCUUAUUUGAGUGCCUUCUUCAUUAUUGAUUUCUUAGGUAGAAGAAAGGCUCUUUAUAUUGGUAUUAUUAUCCAGAUGUUAUCCAUUUUAUAUUUUGCUAUAUUCUUAACUAUUGUUCCUCAAGCUGGUAAUGAAGGUGUCGAGUUAUCUGCCUCGUCUGAAAGAGCCAGUAAAGGGGCAAUGGCUGCAUUGUUCUUAUCAGGUGCAGGGUGGACUAUGGGUUUCAAUUCUAUUCAAUACUUAUUGGGAUCUGAAAUUUUUCCAUUGAACAUUC